AUGUUGAAGGCUGAACACCUGCUACACUCCAAGGCAUCCUCUGGUCGUAAAGCUGAGCCUCUAAAACAGACAGUUUAACAUAACCUUUCAAGUUAGACGUGUGUGUGCGUUAGGUGAGUGUGUGCACGCACUCAGGGUCAGGUCAAGUCGGACUUGUGUGUGUGUGUAGGUUUAAGCCCCAUAAUAAGAGCAGGAUUGAAGAUCGGGUUAAUGUAGUUGUUCAGUUUUCAGCCAGUAGGCUAUGUAUUUAUUUCAAUAUCCCUGUGUCUAAUAUCUCUCACGUCAUGCUCUGACAUGGCAGUCAGUUAGAGAAGGCUUAAUCUCCUGUAGUCAGAUCAUCAUCCAUCCAUCAUUUUACUGAACGACAAGACGUGUGUCUCCAGGGUGUUAUUGCUCUCAUUGUUAGACACACACACACACACACACACACACACACACACACACACACACACACACACACAAACACAAACACACACAUACACACAAACAAAUUAAGAGUCAGUUACACGUGUGCUCUUGUUACUAUAUCACAAGUGGUGAUAUUUCUUCUUCUACGGUAUUCAAUUUAAACAAUGGAUAGAGAGAUAAAGAGUGAUAGAUGUACACAGAGAGAAAGAGGGCGAGAGCAUGGAAGAGAGAAAGACUGGUGAGAAUAAGGGAUGGGGGAGAGAGAGGGGGGGGGUGAGAGAGGGAGAGAGAGAGAGGGGGGGGUGAGAGAGGGAGGUCAAAAAGGCUAAUGUCCUUCCAUUUAUUUUCCAUCUCUGUGCCAUUUCGGACCACGCACUGAUCAUUUCUCCGCCAGAUUGUCGACAGCAAGUUGAUUUACUCUUCUCAGAAAUAGAGCACAAAAAUUGACAGAGGCUUAAGAUUUUUUUUUAAAGAGCUUAACUCACAACACAGACAGACUGAACAAAAGAGUGAGAUACGAAGUAAAAAAGAGAGGAAGGUGAGUACGGAUGCUCCUCUUGGUGUGUGUGUGUCACCUGUUUGAUUUCUCAUUAAAUGUGUGUGUGUGUGUGAUCUCAUUUCAGCUUUGAACUGAAUAGUGAGUUUGAUUAUGUGAUAAUAGUUUUUUGUGUUUCAAUUGGCUGUCUUUCUUUUUCUCUUCCUGCAUUUCCAAUUUUCCACUUGUGCACUUCUUACUUUCACACAUUCCUUUCCUUUUAAAUCCAUGAAGGGAAGUCUCACUUUCCUCUCCGUCAGUGCACCAUUGGAAGUUUAAUCCUUUCUCACUGUCUCUGCUCCCUGUCAUUUGAGAGACACUGGCUGUAAGACUCACCUCCUCUCCCCUCUCCCCCUCUCCCUCUCCCCCUCUCUCCCCUCUCCCUCUCUCUCUCCUCUCCCCUCUCCCCCUCUCCUCUCCUCUCCUCUCCCUCCUCUCCUCUCCUCUCCUCUCCUCUCCUCUCCUCUCCUCUCCUCUCCUCUCCUCUCCUCUCCUCUCCUCUCCUCUCUCUCCUCUCUCUCCUCUCUCCCUUCCUCUCUCUCCCUCUCCUUCCUCAUCUGUCUCUCCUCUUCUUCUCUCUCCUCUCCCUCAUAUCCGCGUUGUUAAUCUAAGGGAAUUUUAACAUCUCACUCUCACUCUGUUUUUCUGUGCAUGUCUAGGGGGUUAAAACCUCUUACCUUCCACUUUCUAGCAUGUUCUCUCUCAGUACGUUACUCUACAUCCUCUCUCUUUUUUACCUCUCGUGUCUACUGUGCCUUUCGUAAUCCUCUCUACCUCUCUCUUCUCUCUCUCUCUCUCUCUCUCUUCUCUCUCUCUCCUCGUCUCUCUCUCUCUCUUCCUCUCGUCUCUCCUCUCUCUCUCCUCCUCUCUCUCUCUCAUCUCUCUCUCUCUCUCUCUCUCUCUCUCUCUCUCUCUCUCUCUCUCUCUCUCUCUCUCUCUCUUAUUUUCUCCACCAGUUGAUGUCUCUGGGAGUGAAUGGCUCGUGGAGGGGCUCUGUCCCAUCCUCCAUCCCUCCUGCCUUCCUUUCUCACCUCUCCCCCAGCACUGACCUGGGAGUCACCAUCUUCCUCAUCCUCACAGGUGAGUCAAAUCUACCUUCUGCCUAUAACACAUUCACCCCUAGCCACUAUACCCCUAUACCCUCUAACCACUGAUAGAGAUUUGAAAGGAUUGGAUUUUACAGUAUGUGUACUAUAAGCAAUAUGGUGACAAAUCCUCAAAGCCUAGAGGGCAAGUUUGAGAAAUUGCCAUAUUACAUCAAAUAAUUUGUGUCUAGAGACUUGGGUGUAGAGGCUCAGGGUUGUGGAUUGAUUUGGAAUUAGGCAUCUCUCCUCAUCACAGAUGAGUGAUUCAAUGUUGGUGUCAGUUAGCAUCAGAGUUUGGUUGGUAUUCCUCCUGAGUAACUCACUGGUAAAAUAAUCAGAACAUAAUAUGUACAGUGUAGAAGUAUUAGGCUUGGCUUGAGGUAUAUCUAUGGGGGUGAAAUUCUGUUCAGAUAAAUCAAGACUUAAAAACAACAUCAACAAAAUCUAAUUUGAUCCCAGAGGACUGAAAGGUUUUCAUAUAUAAGCUGGACAACAGCUUUUCACAUCUUAAUCAUCGGAAUACAGAGCCCACACAGAUGGCUGAAUGGGUUUACUUUGUUUCAACACAGGUCUGUCAUCCAUCAGGAUCAACCUUUCUGAUCAAGUCAGUCAGUGAUCUAACUCCCUGUGACUGUUUCCAUUAUGGAGCUGUGUAGGCAGACUGAAUACAACAGUAAUUAGCAUAGCAACCCCAGGGUCACACCAGAGAAGAGAGGAUACACAGAGAGAAGAGAGGACAGAGGACAGAGGAGAGAUGAAAGGAGAGAAGAUACAUAGAGAGAGGAGAGAGGAGAGGAGAGAGGAGAGGAGAGAGGAGAGUGGAGAGGAGAGAGGAGAGGAUACACAUGAGGAAUCACAGCGUGGAACAUUCCAUACCUGUUGCUCCCAAUAAUAACCUACACAACAAAUCAAAUCAGGCUAUAAACAGCACCCCGCACCCCACUGGCCAGCCAGCCAGCAAGCAACCAUGUCGAUUCAGCUAUAGCAUGAUUCCGACUUUGGAUUGGUUCCCCGAUGCUUUCAAAGCCGGAUAGCGGGUUGAGGGGUCAGGAAGGUAGCAGCGGUUGAAAUAUUAAAUGAAUGACGGUGUACUGACCCUUGUUAUACCUCAGAGCGUACAGUGAGCUGGUCCACAUGCCAAUAAUGCUGAAACAAUCUUUUCAGUCUGUGUUUAAUGACUACCCACUGUGAUAAUACUUCUGUGCCAUAAGAAAGUAUAGCAUAUAGCAUACUAAAGCUAUCUCUCUCUCCCUCCUCCUCUCCCCUGUUUCUGCCACAUCUAUCCAUCUCUCUCUUUAUCACUCUGUUGUCUCUUCUUUCUCUGUUUUCUCUCUUCCCCUUCAUCCUCAACUCUAUCUCUAUACUUCCAUCUUUCUCUCUCUCCCCGUCGCUUCAAACCUCUUUUAUCUCCCCGCUCUUCUCUUCCUUCUCUCCUCUCCUCCCUCCUUCUCCAGGUGUAGUAUCAGUGGUUGGGAAUGGCAUAGUGCUGUUGGUUUACUGUAGAAAGAAGAAGAAACUCAGACCACCAGAACUCAUGACUAUCAACCUGGCCAUCUGUGAUUUUGGAUACAGCAUCUUGGGGGCGCCAUUCCCCAUAAUUUCCAGGUGAGCAAGCCAUAUCGACCAAUCUUCAAUCCCCCUUACUGAUAGUAUGAAUAUCAAAUUAGAGAGAAUGAUAUGGUGCAGAUGUCUUUUAUCCUAAAUAACUUACAGUUAACACUCACAUACCAUGAAUCAGACAAAGUGCUUAGUGUUCCAACGACCAAUGAUCAUUAUCAGGGUCAUAAACCCCUCCUCUGGUCCCCCAGUGUGUCCCAUGGCUGGAUGUUUGGGGAAGCAGGGUGCCUGUGGUACGGGUUUCAGGGCUUUGUUUUUGGGAUCGGCUCCCUCAUCACCACCUGUCUCAUCUCUCUGGACCGCUGCCUCAAGAUCUGUAACUUCAGAUACGGUCAGCGGGAUUCCCUUCAUUUCUUUUUCAAUGUUUUUUUGAGUCAUGUUUGUAUGUGCAUACUUAUUCUAUAUAUAUAUAUAUCAGAGCAUCAUAUAUAUAUAUUUUUUUUUUACAUACUUUCCCUUGGAUAAAGUGUUGUUGAAUCCAAAAAACAGUUAGCUUACCUAGGCUACUUCAUCCUUAUUUGAUAUUUUUCCAAACAUUUCAUAACAUGAAAGACAUGUCUAAUAUUCAAUUGAGAGAACAAAAGGGGUGACACAACAGGAUGGGUUGACCCCUGACCCCUUUUAGUGGCCUCAUUGACUUUCUGUUUUCCCUGAGGCUUUAGUCAGUGGGUCAGAGCAUCAACAAGGCUCUUGCUUUGAAUAUGCCCUUUAUACUGAGCACCUCAGAUAUUGAUUUUGAACAGAAUAUUGAACAGAACCUCUGCAUUCAAUGAUCUAAUCUAAACGUACACUAUAUAUACAAAAGUAUGUGGACACCCUUCAAAUGAUUGGAUUCGGCUAUUUCAGCCACACGGUUGCUGACAGGUGUAUAAAAUUGAGCACACAGCCAUGCAAUCUCCAUAGACAAACAUUGGCAGUAGAAUGGCCUUACUGAAGAGCUCAGUGACUUUCAACGUGGCACCGUCAUAGGAUGCCACCUUUCCAGCAAGUCAGUUUGUCAAAUUUCUGCCCUGCUAGAGCUGCCCAGGUCAACUGUAAAUGCUGUUAUUGUGAAGUGGAAAUGUUUAGGAGCAACAACGGCUCAGGCGUGAAGUGGUAGGCCACACAAGCUCACAGAACAGGACCGCCGAGUGCUGAAGCGCGUAGCGUGUAAAAAUCUUCUGUCCUCGGUUGCAACACUCACUACUGAGUUCCAAACUGCCUCUGGAAGCAAUCUCAGCACAAGAACUGUUCGUCGGGAGCUUCAUGAAAUGGGUUUCCAUGGCCAAGCAGCUGCUCACAAGCGUAAGAUCACCAUGCGCAAUGCCAAGCAUCAGCUGGAGUGGUUUAAAGCUUGCCGUCAUUGGACUCUGGAGCAGUGGAAAUGCAUUCUCUGGAGUCAUGAAUCACGCUUCACAAUCUGACAGUCCGACGGACUAAUCUGGGUUUGGUACCUGCCCGAAUGCAUAGUGCCAACUGUAAAGUUUGGUGGAGGAGGAAUAAUGGUCUAGGGCUGUUUUUCAUGGUUCAGGCUAGGCCCCUUAGUUCCAGUGAAGGGAAAUCUUAACGCUACAGCAUUCAAUGACAUUCUAGACGAUUCUGUGCUUCCAACUUUGUGGCAACAGUUUGGGGAAGGACCUUUCCUGUUUCAGCAUGGCAACGCCCUCAGUGCACAAAGCGAGGUCCACAUAGAAAUGGUUUGUCGAGAUCGGUGUGGAAGAACUUGACUGGCCUGCACAUAGCCCUGACCUCAACCCCAUCGAACACCUUUGGAAUGAAUUGGAAUGCCGACUGUGAGCCAGGCCUAAUCGCCCAACAUCAGUGCCCGACCUCACUAAUGCUCUUGUGGCUGAAUGGAAGCAAGUCCCCGCAGCAAUGUUCCAACAUCUAGUGGAAAGCCUUCCCAGAAGAAUGGAGGCUGUUAUAGAAGCAAAGGGAGGACCAACUGCAUAUUAAUGCCCCAGAUUUUGGAAUGAUAUGAUCGACGAGCAGGUGUCCACAUACGUUUUGUCAUGUAGUGUAAUUUAUAAUUUGUUUGCCUAUAUGUGCGACUCUUUCUUGAAGCCCAGGUUGUAGAGAUAAUUGGGGUCACUAUUGUAAGAGCAGCUUUUGUCCUUUUUGAGUGGUCCAGACUCCAGCUUGAUAUUGUUGCUCUCUUGACCUGGAGAUUACUUUUCGGUUACAUAGACACUUCCAAUUACCUGAUUGCUUAGGUAACACCGGGACAAACUUAGAAUAAUUCUAAGGGGGAGGCAGCAAUGAUGUUAUGGCAAUGCUGGUUAGGGGUAAUCAUGCAGGUAGCUAUAGGAAGGGGAAGGAAGGGGAGGGCUAGUUGUCAGGCAGGGUUCAUGUCUGGGCUACCAACAUGCAACACUACAUAAAGAAAUUGAAAACAGUAAAUAUCACACACAACCAUUUAAACUACUAGCAACCAUUUGCAGGGGCUCACUUGCAAAAGAUGCCUUGGUCUCAAUGAGACUCCCUGCUGAAAUAAAGGUAAAAUAAAUGUAUUCAUUACACGCUUCAUACAUCUGGAGCAUUUGAAUCAAUCCUAUUUCUUAUUUACUAAUUGGUGGUCAAUCAAACAAAGUGCUUCACUUUAUUCAUAUAUUCAUAUCCCUUUACUAUGUGUCUAUUUAUAAUAUAGUACAUGCUGGACAAUCAGGUGUCUCUCAAAAAAUAGAUCUUACCCAAUGAGAAGAAAUAAUGGUGAAAUAAAAGAAUAACAUUCCUCCAUCUCUCUCUACCAGGUCAGUGGAUAGAGAGACAUCACUUGUCCAAGUCCAUAGGGCUGGUGUGGUUCUACACUCUGUUCUGGGCCUCCCUGCCUGUCUUCGGCUUCGGCAGCUACGGACCAGAACCCUUUGGGACCAGCUGCACCAUCAACUGGUACUCCUUACUCUCUCUUAUGACUCUGUUUUGAUGUGUGUGUGUGUGUGUGUGUGUGUGUGUGUGUGUGUGUGUGUGUGUGUGUGUGUGUGUGUGUGUGUGUGUGCGUGCAUGCGCACAUGUGUGUGAAUGUAUGCAGUUAUAAAAGCAUUAAUGUCAUCCACCAGUAGCAAUUGAGCCUGGGUACGAGGUUAUAAAAGUUUUCUCUCUGAAUAUACAUCUUCUUCUUCCGCUUUUCUUUGAGGUGGGGGAUAAGGUCAUCUCUGAGCGACAGGGUCUACAUCUUCCUGAUCCUGAUCAUGUGCUUUGUUCUCCCCACACUGACCAUCGUCACCUCCUACAUGGCUAUUCUGCUGACGGUGAGGGAAACUGCACCCAGCUGGCACAAAAUGGCUGAUUCAGUAGGGGAGAGUCCAGGGAACACAACUCAGACUCUAUCCAAAACAGCAUGCCAUGUAACUCAUUGAUUUAAUGGAAUCAAUUGGCCUGGCAUCUUCUGAGUGGGACACACUAUAACGUAUGGAAUGCAUGCUGAAUACAGUCCAGCAAGCAUGAUAUAUUACCGUGAUGGUGGAUUCAAUAGCUGUAGUUGACUGGUGGUCUAGCUAGCAUGGCCCUUGUGUAUUUGUUUGUGGUCAGUGACGGUUGAAGUUUGUGUUUACUGACAUUCUCUCUGUGUAGGUUUACCGUUCUAGUCGCGCUCUGGCAUCUAUUCCCUCCUCAACUGUCACUCACACCAGCAAAGACCUGAGACUCACAAAGGUAUGUGGAAAACAGACUAUGUUAGAAGAAGCUUAGUUACUGGCUUGAAACGGAAGAUGUCAUAACAUCUGCUUUAUUCCAGGCAGAGUAACUACUAGGGAAUUACCUUUGUAUUAACAUUGUAAUAAGUAUGUAAGUACAGACAGCACAGUAAACAUAUCUGUUGUUUAAUCUAUUGUCUGUCCGUCCCAGAUAGCAGCUGUGGUGUGCUCCACUUUCCUCUUAUCCUGGACUCCCUAUGCCAUCGUCUCCCUCUACUCUGCCCUGGCCCCCAAGGAGGAGCAGGGGUCCGGGGAGGCCAUGCAGGGAGGAAGCCCCUCCAUGGGGACUGGAGGAUCCACCGGGAUGGGCUCAGCCUUCCCAAACAUCCCUAACAUCAUGGGUCUCCUCAAUUGGACCUCCACGGAAAACUACGGAAGCAACUACGGAAGUGUCUACUACGACCCUGGAGAAUCCUUGCGGGACGUGACCAACCCAGAUCCCUACUCCUAUUCUGGCUCAGGCCUCAGUCUGUCUGCUGCUUCCACCCGCAGUUCAGCCCCAGGCCAGGAGGGGGAGGCAGAGACAGGGAGCAACCAGCCGGUGUCCUGCCUGCCACCUAUUGUGUCUCUGAUCCCAGCAAUGUUCGCCAAGUCUCACUGCAUGAUUAACCCCUUCAUCUACCAGAUCAUGAACAAGGAGUUCAGAGAGGACGUGUACGACAUACUGUUUGGGAGACAGAACGGGGAGAGGAGGAGAAUGCGGGGAGGAGCAGUGAGCUACUCUGACAGUAAGGAUUAUUUUAUAGCUACAGGUGUGGACUGGACAGGUGCAGAAUGACCGAUAACUCUCUCCCUCUCUCUCACGCUCUCUCAUUCUCUCUCUCUCUCUCUCUCUCUCCUCUCUCUCUCUCUCUCUCUCUCUCUCUCUCUCUCUCUCUCUCUCUCUCUCUCUCUCUCUCUCUCUCUCUCUCUCUCUCUCUCCUCCUCUUUCUCUCCUCAGCACACAAAGGCAGCCUCUCCUACUGCCACAGCUGGCGACGGAGUCGCAACCCCAAGGCCAUGCCCAUGGUGGAGUUGGGGAAGAAAAAGAGGGAUGGAGACACCAUCUCGGUGGGGUGGGACGCCCUGGGCGUGGCCUCGCUGGACACACAGGUCAACAUGGACGGGCAGAGACUGAGCGAGGGAGAGAGAGAGACAGAGAGAGAGCUGGGGGGUUCCACCUCUAGUAGUCUGUUGACCGAGUGA